GCCAGCAGCGAGCACACACACAAUAUGUGGUGGCUCGCGAAAACGGGAGGCAGGAGCCUGGCGGGCAGCCCGCGCCGGUAACCGGCCCCAUGUGAGACGGGAGCUCGCCUUUCGCCGCCCGGAGACGAUCGGCCGCCCAGCGCGAUGUCUUUCCGAGAGACCAAGGCGGGGGAAAAAGCCAAGCACCCUGAAGAUCAUGGCAAAAAGCAGAGUUCAAGUUGGAUCAACGGAAUGGAGAACAGCACGCAAGCCAGCACUUCUGUCGAGAAAAGAAAUCACCAUUGGAGAAGUUACAAGUUGAUUAUUGACCCGGCUCUGAAAAAAGGACAGCACAAACUCUACCGUUACGAUGGGCAACAUUUCAGCAUGCCUAACUCGGGGAUCGCUCCUGUGGAUUGUGUCAGGGAUCCCAGAAUAGGGCGAAUAUGGACCAAAACUAAGGAGUUGGAGCUGUCUGUCCCCAAAUUCAAGAUUGAUGAAUUUUAUGUGGGGCCAGUGCCUCCCAAGCAGGUCACCUUUGCCAAGCUGAACGACAACAUCCGUGAAAACUUUUUGGCCGACAUGUGCAAGAAAUACGGCGAAGUGGAAGAGGUGGAGAUUCUCUACAACCCCAAGAACAAGAAGCACCUGGGCAUUGCCAAAGUCAUCUUUGCCACUGUCAAGGGUGCCCGGGAGGCUGUGCAGCACCUUCACAACACUUCUGUCAUGGGCAACAUCAUCCACGUGGAGCUGGAUACAAAAGGUGAAACCCGCAUGAGAUUCUAUGAACUGCUGGUUAAUGGUCUUUACACUCCUCAGACCCUCCCUGUAGGCACUGAACAGGACGUGUCCCCAACUGGGAAUGAAGCUCUGCAGCUGACGGACUCCCUGAAGCGCCUGAAGGACAGCUCCCUCUCCUCCGCGGGAUCCUCCGUCACCCCGAACAGCAGCACCCCCUUUUCCCAUGACACUGCCUAUUCCAGCUGCCGGCAGGACACCCCAAACUCCUACAGCCAAUUCACCCCCCAGUCCCAAGGAACGCCCCACACCCCGCGCCUGGGGACGCCCUUCUCCCAGGACUCCACCUACUCCAGCCGACAGACGACCCCUGUGUACCACUUUGGGCAGGACAGCGGCUACAAACCCCGGAGGCACGAGACCAAGUUCACGGACGCGUACAACCGGCGCCCCGGGCACCACUACAUGCACAACUCGGCAGGGGUGUUCCGAGGCACAGAGCACCAGUUCAGUACCUUCAAAUCCCAUCAGCAGGAGCCUGUUCAGUUCUCUCACACUCCUCCCCUGAGCCACUCUAGUUCUUCGAGCUAUAAAUCUGCCUUCUCCCCUUAUCAAGCACCAGCUGUUUUUCCCCAGUCCGAGGAGCAGCAGCCGUUUCCCCAGACUUCCAGGGAGACAGAGUACAGGAGACCUGCACCGCCUCCCACAGAGAUGGUGGUGGAAAGCAGCGCUGCCCCCAGCAUCGAUUUUGUCCCAGUGAAGGAGAAACCGGAGGAGCCUCCGCCCUUGCCCGACUCGAACUCUGUUCCUGAACCAAGCACAGCGUCCUUCUCUCAGACUCCAGAGAGGAGUGAGACUCCUGGCACCCCCACCAUGGAGACUGAGAUGCAGCAUAACAGUUUAGACUCAAGGAUUGAGAUGCUCUUAAAAGAGCAGAGAACAAAAUUACCCUUUCUUAACGAGCAUGACUCAGAUAAUGAGAUCAGAAUGGAAGGUAGCCCUAUUUCCUCCUCUUCUUCCCAGCUCUCCCCCAUCCCAACGUACGGUUCGAACUCUCAGCCCGGUUUCAGGGGUCAGACGCCUUCCUCACGGCCUUCCAGCACAGGCCUGGAGGACAUCAGCCCCACACCCUUACCUGACUCUGAUGAUGAUGAGCCCAUCCCUGGCACAGCUUCUCUGAGUCAGAAUUCCCGGGGGACAUCGGAGGCCAGCAUGACUCCCAUUGAUCAGCUGAGCAGGACGUCCAAAACUGAGACCUUGGAGGCUAAAGAAAUGGUGCCUGGUGACCAGACUCCAACGUCAGAAAAAAUGGAUGAGGGUCAGCAUUCCUCAGGGGAGGACAUGGAAAUCUCUGACGACGAGACCAACCCCGCGCCCAUCACCAGCGCAGAAUGUGCCAAAACCAUUGUGGUGAACUCCUCCGUCAGCAACACGGCCGUGAUGGCCCCGUCCAUCCCCCCGCUGCCACCACCGGGAUUCCCUCCUCUUCCUCCUCCUCCUCCUCCUCAGCCGGGCUUCCCCAUGCCCCCUCCGCUGCCCCCGCCCCCGCCACCCACGCACCCUGCGGUCACGGUGCCCCCGCCGCCGCUGCCCGCCCCGCCCGGGGUGCCCCCGCCCCACAUCCUGCCCCCGCUGCCCCCCUUCCACCCCGGCAUGUUCCCGGUCAUGCAGGUGGACAUGAUCAGCGUCCUGGGCAACCAGUGGGGCGGCAUGCCCAUGUCCUUCCAAAUGCAAACGCAGAUGCUGAGCCGCAUGAUGCAGGCGCAGAACACGUACCAGUACCCGCCCUUCAUGGCGGGCCGCAUGCAGUUUGUGAACCUCCCUCCCUACCGCCCCUUCUCCAUGGGCGCCGCCCUCGCCCGCGGGCAGCAGUGGCCGCCUCUGCCCAAGUUCGACCCCUCGGUUCCUCCCCCGGGCUAUGAGCCCAAGAAGGAAGAUCCUCACAAGGCCACGGUGGAUGGGGUCCUCCUGGUCAUAGUGAAGGAGCUCAAGGCCAUCAUGAAAAGGGACCUGAAUCGCAAGAUGGUCGAAGUGGUGGCGUUCCGGGCGUUUGAUGACUGGUGGGACAAGAAGGAACGUCUGGCAAAGGCAUCUCUCACUCCAGUGAAGUCUGGAGGAGAAGUGGAGGAAAAACCAAAGCCAAAGGAUCGAAUGGCCUCUUGUCUGCUGGAGAACUGGAACAAGGGAGAAGGGCUGGGCUACGAGGCCAUCGGCCUUGGCAUCGGCCUGCGGGGCGCCAUCCGCCUGCCAUCCUUCAAGGUGAAAAGAAAGGAGCCACCUGAAGCUGCCUCAGCGGGAGAUCAGAAAAGAAUCCGGCCUUCUACUUCUGUGGAUGAUGAAGAUGAAGAGUCGGAGAGGGACAGGGAUGCUUCUGAUACAACAUCUGACCUGUCAAAGAAGGACGCAGAGGCUGUGGGGCUGCGGCGGCGACCAGCGAGGCCAUUGGAGCUGGACAGCGAGGGAGAGGAGGGAGAUGAGACAUCAGGGAAAGAGGAAGAGUCCUCCUCAGAGAAGGAAGAGGAGCAGGAGGAAGAGGGAGGCUUGGUGAAAGCAGCACCUGGCAAGGAGGAAGAGGAGGAGGAGGAUGAUGAAGAUGAUGAGGAUGAAGAUGAUGACGAAGAUGAGGAUGAAGAUGAUGAGGAGGAGACAGGCAUAGACACAAGUGACAAGGAGGAGGAGCAGGACUCCGAGGAGGAUGUAGCAAGUCCCUCAUCUUCCAAGGCUGAAGCUGAAUCAUCUGAUGAGAGUGAGGACUCCUCUGAAUUCGAGUCGAGUUCAGACUCGGAUGAUGAAGAUGAGGAGGAUGAUGAUGAUGAUGAUGAAGAGGAGGAGGAAGAAGAGGAGGAAGAGGUGGCUGAAGAUCAAGGCAGAGAAGCCAUGGUUGCUGAGCCAGAGCCUGAAUCUGCUUGUCAUGAGCUUCCUGAUGAUGAGAGGGAGACGAUUUUGGACCUGUAUCCUGUGGAUGACUACAUGGAUGCCACAGGCUUGGGACUUGCUGAGCCAGCUUUGGCAGUGAAAGAUGAAGGCAGUGAAGAAAUCAAGGCAGGGGAUAGUGAGUGUGGCCAAGUCCUGGGGGCUCCUGUUGCUGCUGAAAGUCUGAAGCAUUUGGUUAUGGAAAGAGACCAGGAGACAAAGCUUGCACUCUCUCCCAUCUGUAGGCCAGAGGAAGAGUCCGAACCCACUCCCAUGCUGGAGCCAGAGGUACAGGAAGGUCCGAAGCCUGAAUCUCAAGAUGAGGAGGCGUCUCUCUGUAUCUCUGCUCCAGGAGGAGUCUUUGGGGAACCUCUGCCCAGCAAAAGCAGCUUCUUUGGCAAGUCUGAGGAGAGCAGCUUGGAAGGCCGGGUCAAAGCGGAGGAGGAGGAGCGGCUGCCGCGCACGCCGGGGCGGGAGGUGCUGAUCCACCCGGACACUGAGACUGUCCUGCUGCCAGCCCACAAGGUGCCAUCCUCCAUGCUUCCCUUGCCAACCACUCCCGGCAAGGAAGAGCCUUUAGUCCCUCCAGAAAAGUUCCCUGAACAAUUAAUGGUGACCAAAACAUCCGUGGAGGAGGAGAUUCCCAGAACUCCCGGGCGGGACAUUUUGGCCAAGUCUUCACAUCCCCUCACGAAGUCGCAGAGCACGGACACUGUUCCAGCCACGCCAGGAAGUGAUGCUCCCCUUACAGGAAGCAGCUUGACCCUCAGUUCCCCUCAAGUCCCAGGGAGCCCCUUUUCCUACCCAUCCCAAUCCCCUGGCAUUAACAGUGGCAUUCCUCGGACUCCUGGGAGAGAUUUCAAUUUCACGCCUACUUUCCCAGAGGCUGGUGCUACCAUUCCUUGCCUUCUGCCUGGCAAGAAGCAGUCAGAGGAUGAGCUAGAAGAGAAAACCUUUAAAGAGCCUCUUGGUGCUUCCCUAACUAUCAGCAUGAACAGUGUUCCUUCCCCUAUCCCCUUUGCCAGCCCCCCACAAGCAGAUUUCCACAUGGACAUGGCUUUGCCACCUGAUGAGCCAAUACCUGUAGCAGCCCUGCCGUGCCUGCAUGGAGAUGGAAGAAUGCCCAUUGAGGAAUGCAAGGCAGAAGUAAAACCUGUUUUGCUCUCCCCAGAGGUACCCCCUGGGGCUUCUAUCCUUCCUCCCCCACCACCACCUUCUGUUCUUCCCAAGAGGAGGCCGGGUCGGCCGAGGCGGUCCCCACCUUCUGUCCUCUCUCUGGAUGUGUACUCGGGCAAAACCAUAGAACCUCCUCCCAUGCCAGUGGCCUUGGUGGAAGGUGCUGUGGGCAAAGAGCUGCUGAGCGGACAUCCUGAUGCCUACUAUGGACUGAAAGACCCUGAAGCCGUCACCCUGGACUUCAGGAAUGACGGUUUCCACGAGAAGAUAGCAGCUGAGACAGUUGCAGAGAAGCUGCCAUUCAAGGAACUGGAGAACCAGUGGAACGAAGACUUCAAGGAGGAGGAGGCUCACGCCAAGCCCAAGCGCCAGUGGCGGAGGCAGAGGAAAUCCGAGGAGCUGCCAGUGAUCCCUUCCCCCGAGUACUCCCCGCCCCAGCCGCAGUUCAGGCCGCGCUCCGAGUUCGAGGAGAUGACGAUUCUGUACGACAUCUGGAACGGGGGCAUCGACGAGGAGGACAUCAAAUUCAUGUGCAUCACCUACGACCGCUUGUUGCAGCAGGACAACGGUAUGGACUGGCUCAAUGACACCCUCUGGGUUUUCCAUCCUUCCACCAGCUUUUCCACCCCCAAGAAGAAGAAGCGGGAUGACGGCAUGCGGGAGCACGUCACGGGCUGCGCGCGAAGCGAGGGCUAUUACAAAAUUGAUAAGAAGGACAAACUCAAAUACCUCAACAAUAGCCGAGCUUUUGCAGAGGAGCCUCCAGCUGACACCCAGGGUAUGAGCAUCCCUGCCCAACCUCACGCUUCCACCCGGGCUGGUUCCGAGAGGCGAUCAGAGCAGCGCAGGCUCCUCUCCUCCUUCACUGGUAGCUGUGACAGUGACCUGCUCAAGUUCAACCAGCUCAAGUUCCGGAAGAAAAAACUAAAAUUUUGCAAGAGCCACAUUCACGACUGGGGCCUUUUUGCUAUGGAGCCCAUUGCAGCUGAUGAGAUGGUGAUAGAGUACGUGGGGCAGAACAUCAGGCAGGUCAUUGCUGACAUGCGUGAGAAGCGAUACGAGGACGAGGGCAUCGGCAGCAGUUACAUGUUCAGAGUCGACCACGACACCAUCAUCGAUGCCACCAAGUGUGGGAACUUCGCCAGGUUCAUCAAUCACAGCUGCAAUCCAAAUUGUUAUGCUAAAGUGAUCACGGUGGAGUCUCAAAAGAAGAUCGUUAUCUACUCCAAGCAGCACAUUAAUGUGAACGAGGAAAUUACCUACGACUACAAGUUUCCAAUUGAGGAUGUAAAGAUCCCGUGUCUCUGUGGCUCUGAGAACUGCAGGGGAACCCUGAACUGAACUCGAGGUUUCUCGUCACACUUGCACCUUCGGCCAUGUCAAAACUGUGGUAACCAGGUGUGGUUGCACUUUGCCAAAAAAAGAGAAAAAAAAAAAACC